AUGGCCGCAACUCAUGGGCCAGCAACUCACCUUCCAGCAGGUCCCAUGGCUAUCUCAGCCCCUACACCGGAUGAUGAGGUACGGGAGUAUGAAAAAAUUUUAGCCAUCAAUGACCAAGUUUUCUCGGGCACUCAUCCCCGGCUCAAUGUCCCCCAGCACCUGGUGCGCAAGUCUGGGAGAAAUGUUCAAAAUGUCACUCUUCGAACUCAUUUACCUAAAAACCCUACCCCGAAAGCUGUAUCCGCGAAUGCGCCUGUGGCUGCGGCUACAAAACAGCCUUACAAUAGCUCGCAGAGUGCCUCGGCCAGAAGCGCCUUGCCUGCAGUACCACAACCCGCCCGUGUGGCUUCAAAACCUACAUCCGAGAUCGAUCCUAUCUUUCUGACCAAGUCCGAUGACCUAAUCAGGGCGGAAUUACAGUUACAAAGGCAGAGGUUGGAAAGAGCACUGCGUGAUCAAGUGGAGCUGAAAAAACAAGAGACCAAGCAGAGACCUGCGGUUCAAGACACGAAGCCCGAUUUUGAUGUCUCGGAGGUUUUCAAACAAGCUCUUGAAGCGGUGAAACCACUCUCGCUGAGCGAUGUGUCUGAGACCAGUGGUCCUGGUGGUGCAGCCAGUGACUCUUUCGACGACAAUUCAUUUUACUCCAGUAGAGCUCCUGACUCGCCUCCCCAGACUGGCGGACAAGAAAAAUUAUCUCCCGUGGCUAUAAUUCCACCCACAGGACCUGCCACGCGUGCUCCAGUAACCCAUUACGCAGAUGAGUUGCAGCGACUUGAAGCUCUCAACCGUCCUGGAUCUGACCAGGAAAUGCCAGAUGCUUACCUUGUUGCUGACCAGCGUCACCCCCAUUCUCAGAAGCAGGGCCGCUACCACAAAGCCGAGGCUCCCGUCAGCCGCUUCCGCGAUUCGCAUCAGUUCGAGACCGUGGACGAACCCGAAUAUUCCCCACCUGCUCCAGCGGCGCCGCCAGUGGAUCAUCGUGAAUAUCCCCGUGGGGUAGAAAGUGCUGCUGCAAGAAAGUCUAGGCCAGAUGCCAGGUACACCGAUCGAACCCGAGAUAUUCGGAAGCCCCCCCUCUCCUGCAAGCGUGAAGGUAGUUCGAAACCAUAUCACAUCACCGGCAGCUCCCAGGCCAUCUCGAGUGUCACCCCUGGCCACUGCUAA